GUUCGACGUUGUUCUCCGACAAGAUCGUCACGCUUAAUUUUCAACUCCAAUUUUAUACAUCAGGUCUGUUAAUAGUAUUACGACUAAAACUUUUCGUUACUAACUAAUCUUUGACGAGUUUUUUCAUAUAAAUAAUAAACGAAACUUCCCAUUGAUCAAGGUGCCUUUGUUAGGCAAAACCACUGCCUAGGUAAAUUAAUUAUGCCAAACCGUGUUAGCCAUUGCAGUAACACGGCUUUGAAAUAUGCGGGUACCGACAUGAAAACGAGAUCUAGCUUAAGACCAAAAAUAAUAUAUAUGUAAACUAUCUAGAACAAGGAGCAUAUAAACUUGUGAUUCUCGCGGAAGCGAGCAGCCUUGUCUGACAACAUGAAAUUUGUUGUAGGAGUUCUCCUUUUCUCUGUGGCCUCAUCUGGCUUAUGCGACUAUGAGCCUGAUCGUUCGAUCAGGUCAAUCUUGCAUAACUGGAUGCGCGUCGGCCACGAUUUGAUGUCCUUCGAAAACUGGAUCUGCAACAAUGAUGAAGCUGUUCGAACUAUUGCCGAAAAUCUACCCCCGCCAUCGCUAGGUCAAUUGAAAGCAAUUGAUGUUAAUGGACUCGUGUGCACCUAUCUCACGCAUUCCGCAAUUGUCAACCAAGUGCUCCGUUAUUUCUAUGCAUCGAUCGCUGCGGACGCUUCGUUAACUCGACCCGGCUAUACGAUCUGGAACCUUUUUGCUCAGUUCGUAGCUAACCGCGUCAAAGUUCUUCAGGCAUUUAAUGCAGCCGCCAAUUCUUCACCCCAGGAAGCCACACGAUGGACCGUGCGCAAUGAAGAAGCACUUGUCGAUUUGAAACAAGCUUUUCUGAGAAGUCGACGUCAGCUGCAAGGACUUCAAGGCUUUCACUGCACGUGCAUACUAUCCUUGCUUCUGACUGUCGCUGGGGGCGGUUUAUCGUUAUAACCAACGCGGUAUUUCCUGUCAGUCAGUCCCCAAAUAUACGCAUGCUAUUCUGUAUCAGAUCUUAAAUACAACCGGGAAAAAAUUAGAGAACAGUAAAUAAAGACGAUCGUGUUUCUCACAUCAAUAGACGUGAAGGACUCACUCGUUUGAAAGGGCGACUUUGGAAAGGGUUGCUUUAAAGGGCGAGGAGUUUGUUGUUUGGACAUGACAGUAGCAUUCAGCGGCACGUGACAGCGCCCCAGCUGAUCAUCGGCCUUCUGAAAAUCACAACAAGACUCUACGUAUUUUGGUAGAUGUUUGCUUACUUGCACCUAUAUUCCGUCGUUGAGUCACAGGUUCAGAGAAAUCAGCCGAUUCCCGUUGGCGCCGCAGGCCUCGUUUAGCGCGGCAAUGAAAACGCCAGCUGCUUGUCAUAGUAUUUACCAUGCGUGCAAGCGGCGUGGAAGAUCUAACAGCUUGUCUAUGAAUAGCUGGUUAUUCUAACUUGCUCCAAAUAUGGCUGACAACAGCAAAAAACGUCAACAACAACAUCUAGCCAAUAGUGGGUAUGCUGAAUCUGGAUCUUCUAGUAAACGACCUUGUCAUGAAAAACCAUCAGCAGAUGCCCUCCAGGCGCUUCGCAGAGCAAAAAAACGAACGAUCUCGAUAGCCGUCUGCGCUUCGGUGUUGGAGGGCCUUAAAGGUGAAGGGGCAAAGCACCGGGUGAUUGCGCAGUUUGCACGAGCGGCAUCCAUUUUUCGCAUGUCGGAAAUAGUCGUCAUUGAUGAUGCUUAUAAGAACCCGGGAUUCUCAGUGUCCAAAGAUGCAAACCUAUUCAAAUUAAUCCUUGAGUACCUUGACUCUCCUCAAUAUCUCCGCAAAGCUCUUUUUCCUAUGUGCCUUGAACUCAAAUCGGUCGGAGUAUGCCCCCCGUUGGAUGCAACGCACCACGUUAGGAUGGACGAUAAAGUGCCAUACAGGGAAGGUGUUGUGACGCGGCUAACUCCAUCUACUGCUUGGGUUAAUAUCGGUCUCGAGCAAAGCCUUCGCAUCGAUCGAACUAUCAAAACCAAUGCUCAGGCGUCGGACGAAAUUAAUCCAUGUGACUUAGCAACUGGAUAUCGCGUGACUGUUCGAAUGGAGGACAAAACCCUUGUCGAUCGAGAUGCUCCAAGGCGAGAGGCGGGCCUUUACUGGGGCUACCAAACUCGACUGGCAAUGAAUUUGUCUAGUGCUAUUGCAGAAUCACCCUAUCAACGAGGGUAUGACUUGACUAUCGGGACGUCGGAACGAGGCGAUAGCAUUGAAGCGGUUAUCGAAUUAGGAAAGUUUAGGCACGCCCUCGUCGUGUUUGGGGGACCAAAGGGACUGGAAUACGCCCUUGAGCAGGACGUUCAGCUCCGUGAACUGAGUGACCCAAAACAUAUCUUUGAUAGAUACUUAAACACGUGUCCCGCCCAAGGAAGCCGAACGAUUCGCACCGAGGAAGCCGUACUCAUCACUUUGGCCGCAUUGCAGCGAUAUUUAUGGUGUUGAAUCAAAAAUAGUUAAUUUUUGCAAACAUAAAAAGUUUAAUUUAUCGUAAUUUUGGCUUUGGAAAUGUAAAUUGUUAGCACUAUGUAUUAUCAGAUGUAUAGGUAUAUGUACAUUGAAUAUAGGCUCUGCAUUACAUUGCAAGCGCAAUCUGGUCAGCCGAGGCAAAACUUUGUACACUGUAUCAUCGUGAGUUCUUCGAGUUCAAAUAGCUAUUUAUUGAUAGUAGAACGUAAUGUCCGUAUACCUGGGUGUUUAGCUGUCAUAGGGUCACUCAGUUGAAGGUAAUUUGUUGUUUCUUUUUGUUGAUGAAGGAAUAGUUUGUCAAGUGAGUUGUUAGAUAGUACGGCUGGUUAAAUAAUGGAACACGAAUUAAACUGAUGUUAUGAUAAAAAAAAAAUAAUAAGAAGAAGAAGAAGAGCAAAUUGACCGAACUCCUGCGACCUGUACACAAUUGUAUUUCAAUUUCUUAUUCGAAAUUAUAAUGGCUGCAUAGAGGUAACUUACUGAGUUCGGCCGAAUAACUACAGAGGGUUAACUGUGUGUGUGCACUCGUUAGUUUAAUUUGGAUUAGGUGACACAAAAAAAGAAAAAGUGGAGCGCAAUAAUUACGAUCAGAGCCCCCGAUAGACCAUGGACAGUCGCUAUCCAUGAAACGAAAUUCGUAAAUUCCGUUAAUUUUGAGGCAAUGAUUUGGUGGGGGCACAGUGGACUCAGCAAACAAGAGCGUGAAAGAUGACUGCGCACAAAACAUAGAUAGAGAAAGGCAACUGUAGUCGAAUGAACCACAAUCGAUGCGGCAGUAUGGGGUAUUUAGAACUUUACUUUCUUUUUCUUCAACACUUUAGUAGCCGGACUAGGUCUCUAGCCAGAGUAGGCUUUGCUGCUACAAUAAAGCAAUACACAAAGAAACAUAUCGGUGUUGAUAAAAAAAUGUAAUGCAUGAAUGCAUGCGUGUUUUUCAACGCUUACUUAAGCAUUCUUGUCACCAAUGAAAAUGUAAGGCAAUCUUCAACCACCUAAAAGGUGGAAGAUCGGUAAAUUGAUCGCAGCGGAUCUUCCAGUAUCAAGGACGUCCUUGACUGGAGCUGUCGGCCUCCAAGUGCGUGAUCGAAUCAAUGACAAUCCGAGAUGCCGUGACAGUAAACUCUUUGAUAGUCCAAAUGUACGGGUGUAAUACUUGCUUAAACAAAAAGUCAUAUAGAUCUUAUAUGAAGAAUCACAACACCACUCUAUAGCUACCCUAUGUGAGAUUAGGUGGCGCCGUCAGCAGCAAACACAACAACAAUAAUCGGAAUAACAUUGAAAACCUUACAGAACAAUAAAGGGCCGGGUGACCCUUGGUACUGGGUCAAAUGUUAAGAUCAGCGUUCAGCCGUAAUGUCUCGUUUUCUCUUACGG